UCUGGCACAUUCUGGUCGCGCUGCGCUGGGCCUGAGAGGCCGGAAACGACGGGGAGGGAGCUAGUGCUGCAGCGGCAGCCGUAGCCGCAGACCUUCCUUGUUCUCCGCCCGCACAGCCAUGGCCAAGUGGGGCCAGGGAGACCCGCGCUGGAUCGUGGAGGAGCGGGAAUACGGCACCAACGUGAACAACUGGCACUGGACAGAGCGAGAUGCCACCACCUGGUCCAAAGGGAAGCUCCAGGAGCUCCUGGUGGGUAUUGCUGUGGAGAAUGAAGCAGGCUGCUGUGAGAUCAGUGAGCUGAAGCAGGUGGAAGGUGAGGCUUCCUGCAGCAGCCGCAAAGGAAAGCUGAUUUUCUUCUAUGAGUGGAACAUCAGACUGGGCUGGAAAGGUAUCAUUAAAGAAUCUGGUGUGAAGCACAGGGGAUUGAUUGAAAUACCCAAUCUUUCUGAAGAAAAUGAAGUGGAUGACUAUGAGGUGAACGUGAGUAAAAAGAAAGGAGAUGGGGAUAUUCUGAAGCAUCUUAUGAAAACUGCAGGCACUGCCAAGGCCAGGGAGGCCGUUGGAGAUUACCUGAAGGCACUUAAGACGGAAUUUACAAUGGGAAUGAUUUUACCAACAAAAGGUAUGGCAAACCAAGAAUUGACUGUUAAAAGGAAACUGAUUGAGCCUACUUCUCAGGUUCAGGCCUCAUCUCUACUAGCACUGGGUGUAAGGAUUCCCACUGUGGCUCUGUACAUGAUGGAACUGUUUGACACAACUGUGGAGCAGCUAUAUAGUAUCUUCACUGUGAAAGAGUUAACAAAUAAAAAGAUUGUCAUAAAAUGGAGAUGUCAGAACUGGCCAGAAGAACACUAUGCAACAGUUGUACUGAAUUUUGUGCCUACUCUAGGGCAGACGGAAUUACAGUUGGACUGUAAAGGAGGAGUUCCUGUCUGUAAAGAAGAGAACAUGAAAUUCUGUUGGCAGAAGCAGCAUUUUGAAGAAAUAAGAGGUUUACUACAGCUGACCACCCUAAGUGGUUGAAUUAGUUAGGUUUUAUUAAGGGCAUUGCUUUUUGAUAGCAGAGAAAGUAUUAUUUCUUCCCUAUCCUUUAAAAAAACAGCCUUUUAAUUUAUAUUGGAUGAAAUCCAUGGACCUAUUGAGAAUUUAAAGCAUUGUUGGCCUCUACACUAUAAUGAGAUCCUGCAUUAAGUAGCAGGUAACCUUAAAUUAGGUAUUAACCUCGUCUGAAAAUAGAUCAGGUCCUUGACUGCAGAUAGUUGUUUCCCAAGCUAAGGUUUGUCCUAGAGCAAGCAAGCUUUGGCUGUUUGAGUUCAAGACAAAAAAUAAAUGGCAUGUUGUUACUAAGGUGUAUAUCUCUAGUCAAACAGUGUUAUGUUGCGUUCAGGGUGUUUUGGUUGUAUCACAGAUGUUCCACGUCUCCCUGCCCUCUGUGGUUGGCCCUGUGGUGCUUAUGCACUUUGACAUGGAGAGGACUGAGAAGUCUGUGUGGGAUACAUUUAAUAUAUUCUGCGAAAACGGGAUCUUCACAUAAAAGCUUGAUGCAAUUUUUUGACAUGGCAGACUAUGGAGGGGAGAAGAAGCACUGGUGGGUGAGCACUGAAAUGACUGGGGAUUCACUG